UUUUUGAGAAUUUCUCUCCUAAUUGAUGUCUCGCAUGACUUAUAAUAUGCAUGUCUACAUCCUAGGAACAAUAUGUGGCCUCUAACACAUUAAACUUUCCCAACUUUCCUCUACCACGUCCUCUCCCUUAUUCAUCAAUCAUCAUAAAUUAUUGCAUCUUUAUUAAAUUUACAAAUCCACCAAGUAACUAGACAAGAAUUUUUCUUUUAUUAUUUCUAGUGGAAAUAUACCUAGGAACAAAAAAGAACUAUAUAGAUAUAUAUAAUGGAAAAAGAAGCAUAUUAUGAUGAAGUUGAAACACUAGAAUUCCAGCCUUCAUGUAACAAGGAGAGUAAGGUCGUGCCUGAGAUUGUAGAGAUUGAAGAGGAAACUGAUGAUGAGUUAAAAGGAGUAAAUUGUGGAAGCAAAGAAAAUGAUAAAAAUGAAGAUGUUUAUGUUGCAGUUGGUAAAGAUGAUGUACAUGUACUUAAAUGGGUUCUUGCUCAUGUUGUUGUGACUGGAGCUCGUGUUAACCUCAUCCAUGUGUCUCAUCCUAUUUCAACCCCUGUUGGAAGGUUGUGGGUUGGUCAAUUGAGUCCCGAGCAAACCAAGAUUUUUGCAACUGAAGAGCACAACAAGAGGAAGAAUUUAUUGAACAAGUACAUUCGCCUUUGUCUUGACAACAAGGUUGAUGUGGAUACCAUACUUAUCGAGUCAAGUGAAACAACAAAGGCAAUUUUGAAUCUUAUUCCACUUCUCAACAUGACUUCUCUUUUUAUGGGCACGAAGCAUCAAAACCUUGCAAGACGAUUGAUAAAAGGGUCAAGUAAAGGAGCUUUAAUCCAAAAAAGCGCCCCAGAUUAUUGUAAAGUUUCCCUUAUUUAUAUUGGAAACAAGAACGUGGAUAAUCGAGGAAAGAUACAUCACAUAUCAUCUUCCUUCGUAGCCUCAAAUGAUAAACAAACCAAAGUAUCUCGACAUAAAUAUGAAGAGAGCCAUAAGGAAUGUACAUGUUUGUCGGUUAAGUUCAGCUAAAAAGUUUCUGGUAUCACAAGUAUGAAUAACGCUCACUAGUCAGUAGAAUUGAGUGAUAUUUUACUUGUUAUGGAUCUUAAUUAUGACCAUAAUUUUUAUACCUUUUUAUAAGCGGUGCAAUUAGGUGCAAUUAGGUGUAUAUAUAUAAUUUUAUUUUACUUUGUUUUGUUUGAAGUUCGCUAACCCUGAGUUCCUUAUUUCUGUAAAUACAUUUGGCCACAAAAUAUGUGUUAUCUAAUAUUAUAUACUUUAAUGUUGUACGUUCAUAACCCAUAUUGAAUUGUUCUAUAUUAACAACUUUUAGUGGCUACUCCAAAUU